CAAAUGGUUUAACUAUGGAAUUAUCUUCCUUGUUUUAAUCUUGGAUCUGAAUAUGUGGAAGAACCAAAUAUUUUACAAACCUCAUGAAUAUGGUCAGUAUAUCGGUCCUGGACAGAAGAUCUACACAGUGAAGGACUCGGAAAGCUUGAAAGACCUUAAUAGAACUAAGUUAUCUUGGGAGUGGAGAUCCAAUAACACUAACCCAUUGACCAACCGGACCUAUGCCGAAGGAGACAUGUUCUUGCACAGCAGAUUCACAGGCGCUAGCCUUGAUGUCAAAUGCCUGGCUUUUAUUCCAAGUUUGCUGGCUUUUGCUUUGUUUGGUUUCUUCAUCUGGUUCUUUGGGCGAUUUCAGAAAACUGACCAAGGCAUGGAGAAUUUAGACAAAUCAUACACAAGAAUGAAACGAAAGUCACCGUCAGAUAUGGGAAUGACACGAGAAAAUACACAGGUGUUAGUAGAAGAACCAUUAAGUUUUCAAGAACCACAUCUCGUAUCCAUAAAAUCAGACUUAAGUGAAAUAGUUUUUAAUUCUUCUCUCCUAACUUCUGAAAACUUGAACGCACAACUGAAUGAACAAGAUAGCCCUUUACAGCCAGUACCAGAGUCCUCUGUCCCUAAGAGUAAUCCUGUGACAUAGAGGCAAAUACCCAGGAAGAUCGGUUUAAAUAAGCAGUUACUAUAAGAUUUCAGUUUUAGCUUUUGUAAGUUAAGAUUUACAUAGUGUUUAGAAUAAGAAACUCAGCCUAUACCAAAAGGUGCUCAGCAUGCUUUUUCUAGGAAUUUUGGUUUUUAUUUGUAUUAUAGUACGUGCCUACUGUAUAUCUAACAUUCCUUUAUAGAUUGCUUCCCAAAAUUGCACAAGCUAUUU